AUGCUACGCGGCCUCACCGUCGUCGUGGUGGGGAUUGCGUCGCUGGCUGGAGCGACCUCUAACAUUCUGCUGCGUUCGUUCCGGUGCCUGGCGCUGGCGCUGAGCUUGAGCCCUGAUGGGGGCUCUAUGGAAGCCCACCUCGAGACGGAUAGAAGGGAUGGGACCUCUUGGUCCAUGACGAUAGUCCUCGACCACAUCAAGGUGACAGAAGUCAUCGCAGAUGGCAGUGAACCCUGGACCUUUUUUGAGAAGACUGGUGGGCAGUGGGACUCGCUCUUGACCAUUGAUGAAGCGGUCGUGGCUGAAUUUACCGAGGAUGAGAUUGAGGAUUGGAAGGUCUGGACACCCGCCCAACUGCCCUUGCCCGAGCAGAACCUCGCUGAGGACACGGUCGGCACGGGAAAAGGUGUAAUUCAGCAGCUGACGCAUCUCAAGAACAAGAAAGAGGGGGAGAAGAAAUGCAACGGAUGGCGUUGCUUGCUACACGAUGUUAUAGAAGAUGUCCAGUCCAAAGCCAGCCACCUCUACACCCUCCGGCCCCGACCCACGACCCAGAAGCCCGUCUCGACAAUGAUCAUCGCGGAGCGACCGACGAAGACAAUGAGGCCUCUCACAACGACCCACGCUGCCUCGCCCACCCCGUCCGCGGCACAAUUCAUUCCGGCUCCUGAGCAAGACCUCCUCAUGACCAUGUCUAUCGCGGCUCUGGCGUUCACCAUCUUCUCGUUUCUGGGCAUCGCUGUGCUCGGUGCGAGACGCUACGUCUCCUCCGACGUCCAACGGCUCCCAUACCAUCGUGAAUCCUGCGAGGAACGCCUGGCCCGCGUUGCAAAUAGACGUCGCGUCUUCAAGGGGUUUCUCCAGAAGCUGUUCUGCGGCGUGUUUGGUCUCGCGGAGAAGGAGUCCUCCGCGCCGCAGGGCCGGGAUCUGAGGACCGCCGGCGAGGAACAGAACACACUGGAAGCCGACAUUGCUGGUUUUAGAGAGGCUGCCGACAUGGUUGAGAGUCUAGUGGUCAUCGAGGAAGGAAGGGGACGAGUGUCCUUUGACGACCGGCGGCGGCCGCACUGGGAGGAAGAUGCCGCUCCGCCGCCAUCCUAUGAGAGUGACACGGCCGAGGGGAGCAUGGUUGCGGAUGGCUUUCGAUAUACCCCUGGUGGGGACGGCUAUCCGCAGACCACCCCUCAAACGAGUAGCGACCGGCUGGGGUACUGGACGAAGUAA